AUGAGUGACGAACAAACCUCAUCUGCCGUUGAGGCCACGCAGAGACAGGUCCGUGUGCAGCUUAUGAGCAAGCAGGAGGAUAUUGCUCUGCCUGAGAACACUGGUCCCAUUCUCGUUCCCACCGGCCUGCGUCGUUAUGCGCUUUCCACAUUGGUGAACAACCUUCUGUCGAGCGAGAAGCCCAUCCCGUUCGAGUUUUUGAUCAACGGCACAUUCCUACGCACCUCUAUUGAUGAGUACCUGACUGCCAAUGGCAUCUCCUCCGAGACCACCCUCGAGAUUGAAUAUGUUCGAGCUUUGAUUCCCCCACUUCACAUUGCGUCUUUUGAGCAUGACGACUGGGUUAGCGCUACCGACGUGCUCUCCGAGGCCUCACCUGCUGCAUCCUGGGCCUCGGGCGCCAAGUUCUCCAAGGGCCAGGAAAGAAUUCUGUCUGGAAGCUACGACGGUUUGCUCCGGAUAUGGAACAUGUCAUCUGAGAUUGUCGCGACCUCAAUCGGCCCCAGCGAUGGAGGACACACUUCAUCCAUCAAGGCCGCCAAAUUUGUGUCGCCAAACCAGAUUGCUUCGGCCGGUCUCGACCGUACUGUUAGACUGUGGAAGUACACCGAAGAUGCCAGUGAUUUCACUGGCAAGAUCACUCCUCAGUUGGAGCUUUAUGGACACAAGUCUGGCAUUGAGUCAUUGGCUGUCCACGCUUCGUCCAACCGUCUUUUGACCGGUUCCUCCGAUAACAAUGUUGGUUUCUGGUCUACAAAGAAGGCCGACGCCCCUGCCGCUCCCGAAAACCUGCUUCCAUCCAGCAGUGCCCGUAAUGUCAAGCGUCGCAAGCUUAAUGCGACUGUCUCGGUCAGCACACCGCAGCGCGGACCUCUGGCUCUUAUGUCAGGACACACAGGAACCGUUUCUGCCGCUAUCUUCGACGCAAAGGAUUCUACCGUUGGAUACUCCGCUUCUUGGGACCACUCCCUCCGCACCUGGGAUUUGGUCACUGCUGCUUUGGUCGACACCCGCACCACCUCUCACUCGCUUCUUUCCCUCGAGCACCUCCCCGAGCACAACUUGCUCGCUGCUGGAACCGCCGCUCGCCACAUCACCCUGAUUGAUCCUCGUGCUUCUGCUACCACUGUCGCGGCGAUGACUCUUCGCGGCCACACUAAUGCAGUUGUGAGCUUGGCUCGCGACCCGCACAGCGCAUACGGUCUUAUUAGUGGAAGCCACGACGGCACAUGUCGCAUCUGGGAUAUUCGGUCGACCAAGACCGAUAAAGAUGGUGUUGUGGGUGAGAGCGUUUACUCGAUCACUCGCAAGAGCCUCGAGGAGGAGGGCAAGGCGGAGAGCAAGCGUGUCGGUGGUGAGGGUGUCAAGGUGUUCAGUGUCUGCUGGGACCCUACGGUAGGCAUCGUCAGCGCGGGUGAGGAUAAGCGUAUCCAGAUCAACCGCGGCGAGGGUGUUCUGUCCUCCCAGUAG